AUGCCCUUGCCUCCUCUUACUCACACUCUCUCACACAUUGAUAGCUGUAUACCCAAACUCCACUUUACCCACCUCUCAUGUGUCUAUUCCAGUGUUGCUUUCUGUUCUCUGCUUGUUCUCUGGCCAAGGCCCCAAACUGCUCAAUCAUCAACUGCGUAUCUCUGCUUCUGUUCCCACCCGGCCCAAAAGCCCGAGAUGAUGCCCGAACUUUCCAUCGCCACCAACCAGACCAAACGGCACUGUGACCUUGUGCAUUCAUCCCACCCCUUGAUGCCUAGCAACCUUGGGGUCUGUCUGUCUGUCUGGCUUUCUGCUCCGGUGCCUGAGCUUUUGGAGCUUGGAGCUCUUCCCAAGUUCGCUAUCCCCUCACGGCCUGCGUCAAAUCUUCUGCACGACUAUUUUGGCUCUGGCAUCUUCCGUCGCCAAGUGGCUGCUCACGUCGUAACCUCCUUCUUGAUUGGUCAAAUUUUGGCCCAGCCUUUGUGGUUUCUGGCAAGCUGCACCGCUGAAUGGCUGCUGCUGCCCAGCCCCAAGCCGGCCAGGCAGGAGCAGACUGAGGUGCACGCAGGGAAGGAGGGGGGGAAAGAGUCAUCGUUGACCAUCAAGCCCCCCCUCCGCCACGCCAUCGCAAUCAAUCCUCAUCCUGUGCCGUGGACUUCGAAAUCUGCAGACAUUGACGCCCUCUUUCAACGACCUACCCAUGCCUUUCUCUUCCGCCCAUCCACACCUGCUCCAGCUAUAGCGCCACCUUUAUUUGGUUAUUGCAAUUACAGCCAGGCGACAAACCCAGAUUUGCAGGAUGAGAUAGAGACACAGACCUUCGAUAACCCUUGCAACCUGGGGAUGAAGCACGCCGUGUCUUUCGUCGAGCCCACUCGACCCCCGGCGCACGCGACAAUCUUCGAAGAAUCGACUGACAACAGCUGUUGUCUCGCCCAAAGUCUCGCCACUAGACAACCAAGCUUUGAUCCAGAGGAAUAUCUCGAGGGGAGAGAGAUUGCAGCUCGGGGAAUCGGGGCAAGCAAGCCAGCCAACCGCAAUGCUCCUAAUUACCUUAGCCACAGCCAGAAAUCACCUACGAGAGAUACCGACACGCGCACGCACCACACAAAAGCGUCAGCUCCAAUCAGCGCUUGUAUGAAUACUGCGGCUUGGCUUACAAAGUCAAAGCAACAUUCAAAGGGCGUCAGCCCCUACCAUCGCGAGCACUCUUCCACCGAAAUGCCAGCCGACGGAACUUCCUGCCGAGGUCGACAACCUGAGCUCCAUCAGGUAUCCAUACAGGAACGAUGGGCCUCUGGACGGGUCGUUCUAGGGUCCUCGGAAUCCUCCCUAGACAGUGACCUCAUACACACUCAGAGCCCAAACCCCAGUGGCUCAGUGGUCUUUGCAAGCCUGGAGCAUGACAAACUGUCGCUGAGAAAGGGUUCAUCCUCCAACUUGGUGGUUCCUCAAGCCCCGAGAUACCGAAGUGCGCCCCCUCAGAUUCCGCCACCAACUCCGCUUCAGGUUCAGAGCUUUGUUCCUGAAUUACAAAGGUCAAAAGAGACGCUCGACGGGACGCUUACGGACCACGGCAUGCCAGUUGCGCGUCUCCGGCGCUUCCUUUUCUCAGAGGCGAUUUCUCAGCCGCUCUACCUAGUUUACAUCUUUGUCAGCCGUCUAAUAAGCUACAGUGAUACGGGUGCACCAACUUGGUUUUGGACUCUCACAAAACACGGACGUCUCGGGGACAAUGGAACAGAUCGCAUCCGGUGGAUUCAGCCACACUAUCACCAGCAUCCAUCUCAUUUUACGUAUCCUCUACCUAUCUUGGAUCCACAGACCAAGCCUCACUCUUCGAUAAUCCUCCAGCUCGAUAUUGCCAUCUUGUCCCUCCUUUCACGACCCGAGGGUGCCGUCUGCGCGUCUUGUCUAUCAACUGCUUACGUGAUGCCUCGAAACAUCCCAGGCGAGAACCCUGAUACACUUUUUCGCCCAAGCAGACCAUGGAUGCUCUAUACUUUGCUGGAAGUACCUGGCCCCAGACAAGAGGGGAGCAUCAGAGCAAAGUGUCAGUAUCAAGAGGGCAAGGAGCACAGGACAGGGAGCACUCUGUCCUGGGCGGCUGCUGCUGCUCAUUCGCCUGGUGGUCUUGGCUUCUUCAGUUCAAUACAUAGGCUACAUGUACCGGCUCGUCUCGCCCGCCGGACUGCACUCGUGGUUCUGUACUGGGCAGAAAUGGAGACGGCUGGGCGCGCGGGAGACCGACCGCCAUAUUUCCUCAAGUACCUUGCCAGGCUUGUCAAGCAAUACUCCGGGCGUACACCAAAAAUGGCCGGGUUGAUGAUAUGCUCCCUCAAAUAUCUCACAACUUCUCCCCACCAACGGAUAUUCAAAGCUAUGAAUCUUCUAGAAGUUGGGGGCCGGGAAUGGCAUCAACUGCAAGCUGCAGGAAAGCCUGCAGCUUUACUGGUAUUGCCAUGUCACACACCUCCGUCGCAGCCAGCCCCGCUCCGCCCCGCGGCAGACCUUCAUUGGAGGGCUGUCCUCAAUCUGUCCAGCAUUGCCGUCUUGGAUGCAGGCCAACGAACUCAGAUUGUCGUUCGGCGGCAGGGCAGCGUCGAUGAAGGGGAGAUAAAGAGGGGCGAAGAACACACAGCUGGCGCUCAUUGGACAAACUCUCACCGUUGUCUGUCCGAAAUCUCAUUCGCCCGAGGAGCUUACUCCGAGAGCAGAACGAUAGCGUGGAGAUCUGUUCUCCAAGCCAGGACGGAAUUCUACGAUAUCCGUACACAUGAUCGGAUUCCGUGCAACAGGUUCGUUGUCUUACGGAGGACUGUGGAUGUCCCUCGUGAAGCCAAAGACUUGCGUGCGCCUUGCGAAGAGGCACAUGUGUUGUUUUCCCAGUUCCGCCGGGUUCUCAUGCUCUCAAUACGUCUCAAGCCUCGACAAAAGAAACCAAAGAAGCAGAGGGAUGCUCUCCUAUGUGGCACAGCUCGCGAACCUGAGGAUCUUGCUGCCAUGUGGCGGCUUGAAGACUUGCACACGCUGCUACUAUUGAGGGAGAACGACGACGCAAACGGUGAGCUGGAUUACAGCUCAAGCCUCGAACCUUUCGGUAAAACUCGCUUCGAUAUUGCGCCGGACCAUGAAGACUUUUCGCUGAUGGUGCGCAUUCGAUCUCGAACAACACACCAUACUGGUUUUCAGAUACACAAAGUGCGACACACCAAAGGAGUCACCGAGACAAAAUUUGGUUGCCUGCUGAAAAGAAUCGGUUGGCCCAGGCCAACCAAGGGCCUCGAGCGGUCUAAAGCGGAAGGCUUCGAGAAGAUCGCGGCUUUCUAG